AUGUGGGGGGUCUUUGGGUCGGUGGUGGGGUCCGUCCUCCUCCUGUGGGUCGCCUUCUUCGCCUGCCUCAAGUUCCUCGACGCCCAAUUCGGCGGGCGCGUGGGGGAGUGGCUGGCGAGAGCGGGAGUGGACCUGCGACCAGGCUAUGUGCGGUGGUACUCACGGGCGCUCAACCCGUGGUUCACCCGCAUGGGUCGCAACUACCCGACCUUCCUCAGGCAGUGGUACGCGCUGGGCGCCGUAUUUGGGUUCGCGGCCAUGGUGUGUUCGGUCCUCCUGUUGGCCCUCAAUCUCUACUGGACGCUAAAGCAGCCCGACCAGCCCGCCGUGCUCACGCCAGUGGUGCCCGGCGUGAAUGUGCCCUCGUCGCACUUGGCCUAUUAUAUGAUCGCGCUGGCCGUGGCUGGCGUUAUACACGAGAUCGGCCACGCCUUGGCAGCCACCAGCGAGAACAUGCAGGUGAAUGGAUUCGGGGCCUUUCUGGUGGUGCUCUAUCCGGGCGCGUUUGUCGAUCUCCCCGAGGACAGCCUACAGCACCUCUCUCCCGGCAAGCUCCUCAAGAUCUAUUGCGCGGGGGCCUGGCACAACAUCGCCCUCUCGGUUGCGUGCGUGCUGUUGAUAUGGACCCUUCCAUUCCUGCUGUCGCCGCUGUACAGCACCGGCCACGGCGUGCUCAUCACCCACGAUUCUCCCUUUUUCGGUCAUGUGGAGUAUGGGCACAGAGUGGUGGCCAUUGGCGAGUGUCGCGUGAACGGACUCCACGACUGGGCCGACUGUCUCAAUCGCUGGUCCGCCAGCUUGAUGUACCCCGACAAGGCCACCGGCCUCAACUCGGGCUUCUGUCUCAGGCACCUCCUCCACACUCGGCUCACACGCUUUGACUCGCUGGCGUCACGCCUAAUCCGCACCCACGGCACCGCGUGCUGUGGCGAUGCUGACCAAAGCGACGGCGGCGUCGAGCCAACACCAGACGCCGACGAUGGCCGGAGCAGCAACGAGAUGUGCUUCACCCUGGGGGACCCGUUGGGCGCUUCUUCCUCGCCCGCGGCGGCGGCGCGCCAGUUGUGCAGCAUUCCGAGGCAGAUGGCAACCAACGCCUUCUGUUCCGAGGACGAGCGGUGCCAAUCCGAGACGUCCGGCUUCGUGUGCGCCCGCCCGGUCACAGAGGAGCAUCACGCCGUGAUCAAGCUCACCUUGCACGACUCCUCCUUUCUGCUCUUCUACGGCCACCCGCACGCCCUCUGGUACUCCCUGAUGGUGAGCGACUACGUGCCCCGUUCUCCCAUGCUCCCCACCUCUUUCCCUUCCAUGAUCGAAAAGACCCUACGAUACACGGCUUCGCUUUCGGGCGGCCUGGCGGUGAUCAACAUGGCCCCCAUCCAGUGGCUCGACGGCCAAUGGGCCGCCACCGCCAUCCUCUCCCUCUUCUUCCCCUCGCUGGCCCCGCGCACGCGCGACCUCAUCCUCCGGGUCCUUUCCACAGGCACCGCCGCGCUCUUCGUCGGCAACGUACUGACGUCCGUUGGCCUCAUGUUCUUCUAG